GCCGCUGCUGAGGAAGAAGGAAAGCGUUUACAGGAAGAAGCAGCUGCUAAAGAGGCAGCAGUGACCGUGCCGCAUUUUGAGGCGGAUAUUAAUAAAGCUGCCCCCUCCAGCGCUUCAUCAGUAUCUUCUUCCAAAGUUCCUAAAGCGCGUUUCACUAAGGUUGAACCAAUGAUUGAGGACAUGUCCUCUUUGAAAGCCACCGAAGUCGAUGUACUAGAGGCUGCGGUAGAACGCGUUAUACGGCGCUUGUCGAAACAGGCGGAAGUCCAACAGGCCUCUAGCGGUGCAAUCAGCGGAGUUGCGGAAGCAAGCGACGACAGAUUAGAUGCCAGUAUUAAGCGUGUCCUGGACAAAAUGGGGAGAUCCGCGACGGGUACAAGUGGCACGCCGACCGUGGAUAGUCCUCAGGAGACAACAGGGACGCUUACUAGUUCGCUCCCCCUUGGAGGUGUCGAGCAGCUAUCAGUCGCGGGUCGUGGGGAUGCUGGUCGCGACAGGUUAGGGCGAGGAGAGAAAGUAGUGCAAGAAAAUACAAAUGUAGACACGACCACUAAUAUGGAUAUAAAGCUGAAUGAAUCCCUCGGACUUGUGCAAGGCUUGCUACGACAAAUGCAAGCGCGCGACGCAGGCGCUUCACAGUUAGAAGCAGGCGGAAGCCAACAUAGCAAUAGGUCAAGACAGGAACUACGCAGAGUUGUAGCAGCUGAGGCAGAGCAUGGGAACGAGGCACCCAGAAGCAUCUUUUCUCACAGUGGAACAAGUAUUCCUCGACGAGGAGAAAUCAGCGGCGCAGGGAGAGAUAGAACGGCGCAGGAGAACACAACGGGUGGAGGGGCAGCUGCGGUGCGAGUUGCGAACCUCACACGCAGCACAACUAGUAGUUGGCGUCGUAGUUCCACGAGCACGACUCGGCCAGAUCAUCCCGGACCUUCAGAGCAAGUCGACGAGCCUUCGCAGGUACCACGACGGAGAAGUCGCGUUUCGAUGAGUUCGAUGGCCAACGCAAAUUUUACAGCGUCAACGUUUGCGUCAGGGAAGAGAAAUCAUCGUCCAGUGACAGUUGCAGCACCAGGACCAGAGGGAGCAGGCCCCGCGUCAGCGCGUAAUCGAGCGGCCCUUCGACGAGAGUUUACUGCUAUGUUCAAAGAGAGAACAGGACGUAACCCUUCACGUGACCUAUUGACCCAAGCAUCACAUGCCAGUACAGCGACAUCGGCGAUGGUGAAAUUGGGAUUGGCGGGAAGUGGCAAUCGCAGAGCAUCGAUACAGUCGUCACAACGAGCUGGCGCGCAGCGUCUUCAGUCUGCCUCUGCCGUGACCCGCACGAAGCGCAAGAGCCUGGAGACUGCACUAGCGAGGAAAAUGACUGCUAACCAAUGGGGAGAACUCAACGAAGACGCUGGAUCCUCAAACAUGAAUGAUAUGCUAAAUUCGGCUGGUGGCGGGAACGACACGUCAGACGGCAUAGUCAGAACCGAGGAGAUGGAAGACGAUGACAGCAAGGAAACACGCGAGGACCUUGAAAUGGGGCACCUCUAUGGGACUCGAGGACUGACUCCAUCGCAGGUCGUCGCACGCAUUGUCGACCGUGGUGCGGUGACACCUGAUAUCCACGAAAUGCAGGAGGCUCUUUAUGGUCCAAUCGCGAAUGAAGUUGUAGAGGUGAGGUUAGAGCAGGCGUCUCCCGAAGGAACAUCAAAGACGGCGGUGUCCGCGUCAUUCGAUGCUCCCUCAUCCUCAUUUGAUGGCGGAGGCGGCAUCUCCGUCCAUGAGUGCGAACGCGGAGAUCAUCAUUUGCAUCCUUUACCACACAAGAAGCCAAAAGAGAAGUCUUUCUCAGUCGAAACCAGCAGUCCUGGCUCAACAGCUGAACAGAUCCAACAGCCAUCCUCAUCUGCGGCUGGAGGUAGCGGCAGGUAUCUGCCCGUAGAGAUUGUGAAGGGAGGGGCAUAUCCUGCAUUGAGUGAUGGCCGUGUCCACCAAGUUAUGUCCAGUGCUGACGAAGUCCCGAGAAUGCUAUCUAUCACACAAGAGCUGUCUAAGGAAAUGUCAGAAGAAACAAUAAUUAUCCCCGAUUCUUACGGACAAGAAGGCGGAGCCAGUACUUCUCCUGUGACUGAGCCAAUCGUAGAUGAAGCUCGUGCUCGGCCAAUAGACACAACGGCAGGGGCUCCUUCUAUGCGAU